AUGCAAGGUCACCACCUCCUGCACCAUCACCACCAGCAGCAGCUGCAACAUCAGCUGGGGGCACUCCUCUCUGCCGCGCUCCCGCAGCCGGGAUCGAAGACGGUCGACGCAGACUCCAGUUCCGUCACUGUCUCGUCCUGCGCCGCGCUGGAUGACGCCGAGAGGGGGGGUGACGCCGACCGCGUUGCUGCCAUCGAGUCUCUCCAGAGGGCGAUAAUUUACCCGCCAAACUCGCUCCUCAUCGCAAACUCCGCAACGUUCCUUUCUCAGGGCCUCUCGCAACUCCUGUCCGACAAGUACGCCCGGAGAGCACGCUCCUGUUCAUUGCCUUUAUUCUUCCAAGUCGCGAAUUUACCGGCCUUUGGCUAGAGAACAUUUUUAGAAAUACCGCAAGGCGCGGAGCUGCAGCAUUCGACGUAGCUGCUGUUAUCUGAUGAAUUUAGCAUUGCCCCGUAAUUUCUUUUCUGCUGCCAGAAUUUAUAGACUUAAUCUCUUGAACCAAACCGAGUGUUUUUUUUUUACCAAUUAUGAAUUGAUUUAUAAUAAAAUGAGUUGAACGGGUUCCCUUCCAGUUGCCAAUUGCUGAUUUAUCGCUGUACGGUGGCAUAUACCAUUAGUGAAUGUCUCGACGACUGAUGUCACUUACUGGGGUUCGUGGGAUUGCAGGUCUUAUCCCGUCAGGCGGGCAGCUGCGGUUGCUUACGGUUCUCUAUCUGCUGUUGUUUGCGUUCUCCCUUUGUCAUCAAAUGGGCGUCAGAACCAUGCAAUAUUAAGUGGAGGCGUUGUUGACCGCUUCAUUGGUUGGGCAUUACCACUUAUCAGGGAUGUUGGCAUUGAAAAUGGGUCUGCCGAACUUGCAUUUGAAGGCCUUCGGAAGUUUCUUGAUGCAGGAGACUCCAGUAGCUCAGAGGGGUAUGCUUUGCAGAUUCUGAAGUCAUGUCAGGAUCUUCUCGAAGAUGAGAGAACGCCUUUAAAUUUGCUUCGUCAACUUCUCAGCGUGUUGACACUGAUAGCUUUGAAGUAUGGACAAUGCUUUCAGCCCCACUUUGUUGACAUCGUUGACCUUCUUCUGGGCUGGGCGUUGGUUCCUGACCUAUCUGAACUGGAUAGGAAAAUCAUCAUGGACAGUUUUAUGCAGUUCAAGAAUCAGUGGUUAGGUAAUUUGCAAUUCUCGCUUAGUUUACUUUCAAAAUUUCUAGGCGACAUGGAAGUUUUGGUUCAGGAUGGAACUCUUUGGAUGUCACAGCAGUCUGGAAGAUUACUUGCGCUCUUUUGCUGUUUCUCUUCAGUUAUACAGGUUACAGCUUCUGGGAUACUUGAAAAAAAUUUACAGACACAAAUUAUUGAACCUUUAGAGGGAAUGGUUCCACGGUUGUUGGGCUGCCUCUUAGUAGUUGGAAAGAAACUUGGGUGGGAUAAGUGGAUGGCAGAGUCCUGGAGAUGUUUAGUUCUUCUGGCUGAAGUAUUGCAUGAGAAGUUUGCAAAAUAUUAUGCAACAGUCAUCGAUAUCUUAUUCCAAAGCUCAGGGGAACUACCAUCUUCUCUGUUGCAGCAGCUUCUGAAAAAUAAUAAAAAGGUUUUGUCUCUACAAAAACUCGGACUUCUUCCAUCAUCUAUUCAUAAGAUGCUGCAAUUCGGUUGUCCUUUUUCUAAGCUGAGGUUGCACCCUAAUCGCUCAGUGGUGGGCAUUGUUGCUUCCACUUACCUUUUCGUCCUUCAGCACAACUGCGACGAUGUUGUAUCACAGGCCAUUUCCUUGCUGACUGAGGAACUGGAGCUUUUAAAGAACACGCUUGUACAAGUUCAUGGCGAUGUGAUUGGUCUUAGAGCUAUUCAGAUGGAUGCUCUCUCGGAGGAAAUCAAUUCGGCAUUCCUUUCCAGACAGACUUAUUCAGAACCUGAGCUAAUUUCGUUGAUUAAAUUUGAUCUGAGUGUGAUGCUAAGUUGUGUUUCUCUUGGUGACGAAGAAUGUUUUCCCAGCCAGAUAGAUGUUGUCACUUCCCAGUACAUGCGGUCAAAAAAACUAGCAUCUUUUGUCAUUGAAAAUCUUGACCCUUUUCAGUCUCCAAUGCAGGACAUACUUGAGUUGCAGGUUCAUGUUGCUAAGGCAUUGGGCAAACUGAGCGAAGUUGAAUUCCGAAGCAGGUUGAUUUUAUUUAGAAGCGCUGAGAAGACCACGCCCCAUGACCUUAUUAGUGAAAAUGGAAUAUCUAAGGCGAAGGAGAGUCACUUAUCUGUAUUUGUUGAUCAUAUGAAGAAUUAUGGUGUUUACAUCGUUAGAUUACUCAGUGAAUCAUCUCCUUUAGCUGUUAAACUAGAAGCAUUAGAUUUUCUCUGUAGCUUGUGUAGAAUAAUCAUGAAGAUAUAUGGUGAUUCUUAUCUGUCAUCUUUUUGCGUAUCUUGUGGAUAUGAAGGCUUAAGCAGAAAGUUACUCUGCUCAGUCCUUGGGUCUGCUUCAGACAUGGAGGUAAAAAUAAGAUUACGUGUGGCAUCUGUUCUGGAAUUCCUUCUACAAGCCAGGCUUAUUUCUCCUAAAAGCUUUUACUAUAUUGCAGAAGUUUCCAUUGACAGACUUGGUGAUCAUGAUAUAGAUGUUAAAAAUUCAUUUAUUCGGAUACUUUCUAUUAUCUUACCUGUCACUACCUAUCAUCGUGGAGUUUUCGAGUCUGGUGUUGCUUCCUUUGAGAAAGACUACCUUUUAAACUGGAAGCACCUAUUUGCACUAAAAAAGCUAUCACGUCAGCUUCGCUCACAGCAACUUUUGACUAUUUUGAGUUAUAUUUCACAGAGGUCGAAAGUGCCAUUAUCAUCUUGGAUCCAACGGUUAGCUUCUAGUUGUCAUAAUAUGAAGGAUCUCUCUUCAAGUCAGCAAGAAGAAAAGGAGAACAGUGACUCUCACGGUGUGCCACUAAAUGGGCAGGCUGAGGACAAUAUCCUGGAUAAGUUAUGCCCAGUAAACGAUCUUGCUGUUGUAUGGUGGUCCAUUCAUGAAGCUGCUCGGCAUUGUGUUACUCUUCGUCUGCGGACCAAUCUUGGUGGUCCAACACAGACCUUUGCAGCAUUGGAACGCAUGCUUCUGGAUAUUUCACAGGUACUGCUUCUGGACAGUGAUCAGAGUGAAGGCAACUUAAACAUUGGAUCAUCUCAUAUUCAUUUGCUUCCCAUGCGGUUGUUACUUGAUUUUGUUGAGGCCCUAAAGAAAAAUGUGUAUAAUGCAUAUGAAGGGUCGUGCAUUUUACCUUGUCCAACUCGUCAGAGCUCUUUGUUCUUUCGGGCAAACAAGAAAGUCUGUGAGGAGUGGUUUUCUCGCAUAUGUGAGCCAAUGCUGAAUGCUAGCCUCGCACUGCAUUGCAAUGACGCUACAUUUUACUACUCUGCAUCUCGCCUGCAGGACCUUCAAAAUAUAAUGUUAUCUUCUUUUAAAGACAAAACCCAGGGGAUGACAGCAAUUGAGAAUCUCAAUAUUCUCAAGGGAAAAUUAGCUGGAGAUGUUAUGAAGGUGUUGAGGAAUGCAUCCCUGGCCUUAUGCAGAAGUCAUGAGCCAGAGGCCUUGGUUGGACUUCAUAACUGGGCUGUCAUGACAUAUUCCUCUUUGUUUAUGGAGGACGGCCAGCUCAGUACUGGACACAAUGACAAUGCGGUUCAUUUUUCUUGGAUGAUGGGACUAGUAUACCAGGCUUAUGGCCAGUAUGAAAAGGCUGCUGCACAUUUCUCUCAUUCGCUUCAGUCUGAGGUGACACUCAGUUCCCUGGGUUCAGAUGGCAUUCAAUUUGCUAUUGCGCGUAUUGUCGAGUGUUACACCUCAGUUUCGGAUUGGAAGUCGUUGGAAAUUUGGCUUUCAGAACUACAAGUGCUUAGAGCAACACAUGCUGGUAAAGUCUAUUGUGGUGCUUUAACUGCAGCUGGCACUGAAAUGAAUGCGACUUAUGCCUUGGCACGCUUUGAUGAAGGGGAUAUACAAGGAUCAUGGACAUAUCUUGAUUUGACACCUAAAAGCAGUAAUGAACUUACACUUGAUCUUAAGAUGGGAUUGGAGAGGAGCGAGCAGAUGCUUUUGCGAGCAAUGCUCCAAAUUGAUCAGAAAGAUAAAAUGCCCGAAGAGCUAAACAAAGCCCAGCUAAUGCUGAACGAGGCCUUGUCUGUCAUUUGCCUUGAUGGAUUGGCGGAGGCUGCAGCUUAUGCCAUGCAGCUACAUUGCAUUUUUGCUUUUAGGGAUAAUUCCAAAUUCGAGGGUGAAGAUCAGUCUAAGCAACCUUCAGCACUGUUAAGUUCAUUAUAUCAAGUUUUACAGACCCCACUUAGUAAAGUUCAUCAAGACUGUACCCCAUGGUUAAAGGUUUUUCGAGUUUAUCGUACCCUGAUGCCAUCCUCCCCUGUAACUUUGCUUUUCUGUAAACGACUAAUGGAUUUGGCACGUAAACAGAGCAACUUUAUGCUGGCUGACCGUAUGAGGCACUACCUUAAUGAUCAUAUGUCAACAUGCUGGAAAGGAGACGAGUUAAAUUUGUUUUCUGCUGAAUUGAAUUAUGAGAAAAUCCUAUUUGACUAUUCAAUGGGCAAGCAUGAGGAAGCAUUAAUCAGUCUCUGGUCAUUUGUUCUCCCAGAAAUGAUGUCACCAAAAAGCAUUACUUCUGCAAGUGGCAAGGUGCUGAAAGCAAAAGCAUUCUUGAAAUUGUCUAGUUGGUUGAAGCAAGAUCAUUUGAUUCCAAAUUUAGAAAAUAUCAUUUACAGGAUACAAGGGAAUUUUCGUGAGUUCAGUGUACACAAUGCUUCUUCCUUAACCAGAACGACUUCCAUGGCUAGUGAUGAUAACUUGAUCUCAGGUGUGAACUGGAAUGUGCUUCUUGAGGAAAUAGUUGGUAUGUCGGUGAAACUAUCUUGCAUAAUUUGUCCCCACAUGUGUAAGACAUGGCUUUGUUAUGCUUCUUGGUGUUAUAAUCAAGCCAGAAACUCCCUUUAUUCUAAAGGAACUGUUCUCCAGUCGUGCACACUUUCUUCUGUUCUAGUUCCUGAAGUCCUGCCAGACAGAUUCCUGUUGACAGAAGAAGAAACAUCAAAAGUUGAAACGCUAAUCACAAGGUUUCUUCAUCAUAGAAGGCACACAAUAAAUUCUGGUGAUUUAGAUGACAAAGAAUCAGGCAUCCAACAACAGCCCAUUAAUGAAGCGUUUGUGAACUCUUUGGUGCAGCGAGCGGCAUAUUUAAUACAGAGUACUGCCGGUGCACCCGGUAUUGAACAUUCUGAUGGAGAGUGUCCAUCUUAUGCAAUAUCUUCUCAGUUGCAGAUAUUUUUUCACCGGGCAAAUUCUGCGAUUAAGAAAGAUGAUAUAUUAAUGUAUGCUAAUGAACUAGUCGACAUUUGGUGGUUGUUAAGGAGGAGAAGAGUAUCACUUUUUGGACAAGCUGCUCAUGGUUAUCUGCAAUAUCUUUCGUAUUCCUCAUCUAAAAUUUUGGAAGGACAAUAUGACCAGCCUGAUCUUAGUUUUUCAAAUGAAAAAGCUGGAAGUUGUACAUUAAGAGCAACCCUCUAUGUUCUUCAAAUUCUUUUGAACUUUGGGGUGGAAUUGAAGGAAAUACUUGGACCUGGUCUAGCAAGAGUACCUUUACCACCAUGGCAGGUGAAAUUCACUAGAUGCACUGAAUACUAUGUCACCAAGCAUUGUAGAUUGAGGUUGGCUUGAAUUUGCGAUCCAGAUAUGUGAACUUAUGAGUAAUUGAUUCCUGCAGGAUACUAAUCCGAUCUCAACUUCCACCUCGUUUGUUAGAUUAUGUGCUAGAAUGCAAUAUUUUGUGUUGAUUUUAACUAAGAUAUUGCAUUCUAAGAGAAAAAUCAGUUUACGGUGAAGAAAAAAAUCAAGACACUUAUUCUAUGACAUAAUCAUCAGAUUUCAACUAAGAUUAUUCUGUUGUUCGAGUUCUAUAUGUGGAACAAAUACUCAUGUUACUGUGGCAUUUCUUGUUUUUGUUCGUGUAGGAAAUCACACCACAGUUGUUUGCUCGAUUAAGUUCGCAUCCUAAGCAGGAGGUGAGAAAACAGUUGGAGGGGCUGUUAAUGAUGCUGGCAAAACAAUCUCCCUGGUCCAUUGUGUAUCCUGCAUUAGUUGAUGCAAAUGCGUUAGAUGGAAAGUCCUCUGAGGAACUCUCCCGGAUUUUAGCCUGCUUGGUACUAAUACUGUCUUCUCUUUAUGCAUUAUUGUAAUCUAUAUCUGCCAGUAUUUUCCAUUAUUUUAUGAUAAUUAACCGGAUUGAGAUUUGAGUUAUAUCAGUGGUUGCAAAUAUUCAUGAAAUCAUUUUUCUCCACAUCCUCUUAUCAAAAUUCUCUUGCUGGAUGAAUAUUUAUUUAUUAUUAUUUCAAUAGAAAUUUAUUUGACCGUUGAUGAUUUAAAUUUCCAAUGUAUCCAACCUCUGUUGGGUAUUUAUGUUUUUCCAUUGAUCUUUAUGUCUAGUCUGGUUGUUCAAAUAAAGGUUUUAUGGUUACUUGUUUGUUCUAUAUCCAACUUUAUCUACAGAUUAUAUUCGUAGUGUUUUUAACCCACAGUUCUUUGACAAAUCCAAUUUCCUUCAAUUUACUAUUUUAUAAUUUUCAGUAACCGUAAUGUUUUGAAUAAAAAUAUUUCCUGCAUCUAAUGCAGACUGAAUUGUAUCCAAGGCUUAUUCAAGACGUUCAGCUCGUCAUCAGUGAACUAGGAGCAAUUACUGUCCUUUGGGAGGAUCAAUGGCUCAGUACUUUACAAGAUCUCCAUCCAGGCAGGCUAUGAUACUAUUUUCUUUCACAUAUCAUACUUGUCACUUUUUUUUCUUUCAUAUAUUUGAUGGAAGUUAGAGAGACUAAGUUUAUAGGUUUCAUAGUGCUAGUCUUGCCGAGGCUAAUUUUUUUGUAGUCUGGUCUGUGUUGACUGCAUCAGAAAGCAAAGUCAUGGAUACAAACGAUGUCGAGGCUCAAACACGUUUUACCUUAGCCGGUGUUUAAGGGAUUUUUUUUUUUAUUUGCUAAAAGCCUCUGAUCGAAGUAGAGCCUAUGAUUUUGGUAUCUGACUGGGCUACCCGGCGGUGGAAGUCGUCUCAAAUUCUUUGCGAUUUUUUUUAAUUUGCACGGAAUUUUUUUUGUCAUCUGUAGAACUGAUUCUUGUUUAGUCGCUCUAUUUUCUGCCGAACUUAUUUUAUCCUGCUGUCUUGUCAUCUAAUUCAAACGAUGCUCUUAUAUUCUGCAUUAUUUGGAGUCAGUAAGUGUGUGAUUGCUAAAGCAUGUGCUCUUUGCUCAGAUGUAAUCAAGCGCAUAAAUACUCUGAAGGAGGAAGCUGUUCGGAUUUCAGAAAAUGCCACUCUUAGUCAUAGUGAAAAAAACAAGAUCAACGCUGCCAAGUAUUCUGCCAUGAUGGCCCCAGUUGUUGUUGCUUUGGAGCGUCGCUUAGCCUCAACAUCUAGAGAACCAGAAACGCCCCACGAGGUAUGGUUCCAGAAGGAGUAUGGUGAACAACUUAAAUCUGCUAUUUUAUCAUUCAAGAGCCCCCCUACUUCUGCAAUGAACCUUGGAGAUGUUUGGCGACCUUUUGAUGGCAUUGCAGCUUCUUUAGUGGCUUAUCAGAGAAAACCAUUGAUUUCUUUAAGUGAGGUUGCCCCACGGUUAGCACUUCUUAGAUCUUCUGACGUACCAAUGCCUGGCCUUGAGAAGCAAAUUUCAACAUCUGAAGCUAGUGUAAGGUCCAACCUAGACAUCAACAACCUUGUUACUGUUUCCUCUUUCUGUGAAAAUCUGGUUAUCCUAUCGACAAAGACAAGGCCUAAGAAACUUGUUUUGCGGGGUUCAGAUGGGCAAGAGCAUCCCUAUCUUCUUAAGGGCAGAGAAGAUCUGCGCCUUGAUGCUCGAGUCAUGCAACUGCUGCAUGCAGUUGACAGCUUUCUACAUUCGUGCUCUGACACCCGUAGCCGUUCACUCGCUGUUCGUUAUUAUUCUGUAACACCAAUCAGUGGUCGAGCCGGCCUCAUCCAGUGGGUGGACAAUGUAAUAAGCAUAUAUAGUGUUUACAAGUCCUGGCAAACUCGUGUUCAACUUUCACACCUCUCAGCAGUAGGCAGUGGAAAUUUGAAGAAUACAGUAGGACCUGUUCCCCGUCCGAGUGACAUGUUUUAUGGAAAGAUACUCCCCGCACUAAAAGAAAAGGGUAUAAGAAAGGUUGUUUCACGUAGGGAUUGGCCACAUGAUGUAAAACGGAAAGUUCUUCUUGACCUUAUGAAAGAGACGCCUAGACAGCUUCUCCAUCAAGAACUUUGGUGUGCCAGUGAAGGAUUCAAAGCUUUUAUUGCAAGAUCAAAGAGGUGCGAUGAAUUCAAAGCUUCUUAUCUUUAUUAUCUCUUAAGGGAAUGUAGUAAGCGUGCAAUGAAUUCAUUGAUUGUCCAAUUGUAAAAUUUAAAGCCUCACUAAUCAUUUGAUUUUCAACUAUACUGCUCAUUGAGGUUUUGGAACUUAUUGUUGGUUAUACGCUUUCUUUUUCUCUCAUCUGGUAUAUUAAUGGACAUUGAUAAUUAGGAAGGAUAAUUAUAUCUUGUGUCUCGUCAACAUGAAAUAUAAUUUUUGGUUUGGUUGCUCAACAUGAUGAUUUGUUGCUAAUACGAGUUACCGUUUCGUUUGUGUGACUACCUUUAUAUACAUGGUGCAUUUUUGGAAACCGCAGUCUGGAAAAUCGUCCUAGUUCAUCAGAUCCGGAUGGGAUAUGGUAGACUGAAUAGGACAUGGACAGUUUUGAUGAGAUUAUAUGCUUGAACAAAAUUCCAUUUUUUUAUUUAUUUCCUCUAUUCUAUGACGGGAACAAUGGGGAAUACGCGUUAUACCAUGAUUUUAAAUCAGAAGAGCGAUUUCGAGAAAUGGCAAUUAUAUUCACACUACCCUAUCUGGGUCAGCCGCUGAUUUGGGUGGGAAGGGGAGAUUUGGGUGGGUAAAUUUUCAAUACAGGUCUUUAUGUAAGAGCUUAUAUCAAAAUUUGGGUUAUUUAUUGUCAGCUCUUCAACAGCUGUUCUUGUGGAUUAUAGAACUAUCCUUUUCUCUACGUCUGUUUGAGGUUAAUUGGCCAGUUUGGCUGAUCCGAUCUGGUUCAGGUCAUAUCGACCAGUUAAUAUUUACUUGACUUACACGAUGAUACUAUGUUAUAAUGAAAAUCAUUUCUUUCUCCCUUUAAUAUAUCUUUAGCAUCAGCGAAACAACCUCCAUCUGUUUACUUGGUUUUCAAUAAUUUUUCAUUAGGACAGAAUUAAUCUAUCUUCGUUUUCUUUUGAAUCCAGAAACAACAUCUGAAAUUCAUUGGUGACUGCACCUCUAAUAAGCUGGUGUGUGCGGUUAGACCCUUGAAAUUAGAACAUGCAUAAAACCAGCCUUCCUGCCACUUUUAUAGAACUGUGCUGAUCAUGUGUAAAAAUGACAGUAUCAGCAACCUGAGGUUAUGCUGCUCAGAGUUGUGCCAAAGGGAUAUUUAUUAACUCUUGUGCUUCACUGUUAUAGUAUAAACCAAGUACGAUAAUUUUCUCUGGUAUUUCUGAUGCCAAGUAUGAAAUUUAUUUGGAAAUUUCAUAUUAUGUUCGACACUCCGAUGCUUUUUUUGUCACAUGUUGGCAAGUAGGGAUAUGUCUUCCUUAGUGAUGUACAUAGAAAAACUAACGUGGUUGGAAAUGUUAAAUAUUUACUUGCAGGUUCUCUGGUAGCGUUGCUGUAAUGAGCAUGGUGGGCCACAUCCUUGGCCUCGGGGACAGGCAUUUGGAUAAUAUACUUAUUGACUUCGUCACUGGUGAUGUUGUCCAUAUAGAUUACAAUGUAUGUUUUGAUAAAGGGAAACGACUAAAGAUACCUGAAAUUGUCCCCUUCCGCCUCACACAGACUAUUGAAGCUGCUUUGGGAUUGACUGGCAUAGGGGGCAUAUUCAAAGAUAACUGUGGGGCUGUUCUUGAUAUCCUGCGGAAGAACAAGGAUGUAUUAUUGUUUCUUUUGGAAGCAUUUGUUUGGGAUCCUUUAGUUGAGUGGACGCGUGGAGAUGCCCAUGAUGAAGCUGCAAUUGGUGGUGAGGAGAAAAAGGGAAUGGAGUUGGCUGUCAGCUUGAGCCUGUUUGCCUCUAGGUUUCAAGAAGUUCGAGUUCCUUUACAGGUGAUCCUACACAAUUAAAUUAUUUAAAUAACACAGUAAUAUUGUCAUUUUUUUGAUUUGGACACACAACAAAGGACAAAAAAGAAAUAUGGCAAUACGGUCAUUUUCUGAUCAGGUUUUUAGUUGUUGAAAAUGGGAUUAACUGCUGCUGACUAAUAAUCAGUUUGUAGGACAAUAUAAGACAAUUGAUUUCUGCUUACUUCUUAGGCUUUGCAGUUUUUUGAAACUAGUUUGUGACACAGGGGAUUCUAUUGUUUAUGAUAGUUUCUCUACUAAUUAGUUAUAUCCUGGUCAGGAGUACUUUUUUUUAUUUCUCCUUUAUCGCCCAGUAUGUCGACGUUAUACUAGAUUUUACAUAUGGUCUCAUCAAAUAAGACCACUGCAGUUGUUUCUUGAAUUGUUCCAUUUUCUGCGCUUGACCUCAAGUUUGAUGGCCAUAUGUCUAAGAGUUGAUGAAGCCUGAUAUGGUGGAUUUUUUUGUUGUUUUUUGCGUUAGUAGAAAAUGAUAAUCCAUUGUUUUGAUGGUUUAAAACUAUUAUAGGUUCCAAACUCAACAAGCAACAUCGCCCUCAAAUUCAAGCUAAAGCAAAUAAAUAACACAAUGUUUUAACCUCCUAGUACAAUAAAUUGACUCUGUUCCAACCAAAAUGAAAUAAAAAGAAAGAUUCUUGCAACCCACCUAUUUAAGACACACCUGCUUAGACAGGUCAGAGGGUUCCAAUGCUCAGGCAAGCCAAGGUGAUUGUUGAUGUCAGGGUAUGAGACCCCAGUGGUCUUAUUUUUUUCCUUUUUUUUCUGUACAUGUAAUCUCGAUUUCGUAUUCUCCUUCGGCAGUAAGUUAUACUGUUUUUGCCUCCAUGCUAUAUCAUCAAAACCAGGGGAUUGGCCCUGAUUUUGAAGAGAUGGGACUACGACAGAAAAUUACCUUUUACUGAAGCUAAUCGUAGUGCACCUUUCUGUUGCUCUCAAUGGUGAAUUGAACCCAGGUUGGAUGAAAGCCUUGGGUUGGAAGUUUUAAAUUGUGUAGCAACUAGAAUUUUAUGCCCAGAUGUUGAAUGAAAUGAGAUCACUGAUGUUAUUUAAAUAAGGCUUUUGUGGUCUUUUGAGAUAUCAAUUUUAGGGUAAUGCAGUACGGUUGAUGUGCUAUCCUGAAUAUGAGUGGAUGCUACUAUCAGGGAUGCUGUAAUUUUUUCUCAAUGAUUCACUGGUUCUUGUUUUAUUAAUUAAUGGGGGUUUCCAAACAAGUGUAGUGGUUUCGGGUUGGCCAAUUUUUUAGUGCAUUGACUUCAAAAGAUAAUGUUUGCGUUAGAUUCUUUGUAUUUGGUGAGACUUAUUCCCCAAAAACUGUGACUUGCGUGUAUCUUCACAAUUCCCCUACAUCUUUUGGAAAAAAAAUUCCAUUUACUACUUUGCCCAUCCUGAUUUAUAUUACAAAUCAAAACACUUAAAAGUGAGAUGAGUCAUGCAAGUAGGAAGGAGGCAAUUCAAUAUACGUUGUCGAUACAUGACCAGCCUGCAUUUUUCGUGGUUAUGUGUUAUAUAAUUUGUUAUAACUUGUAGACUCCAUGUGUGGGUCAGGGACUCAAGGUCAAAAAGGUUUGAUGUAUGGACCAUGGAGUGCCCUGGAUAUUUACCUUACAGAAUAGAACCUGCACUCCCUAUUCAUUCCUGAGUUUUUCUAUUUUUAAUAACACCAAUAGGUGGUUUUAUACGUGUUGGCUCAUGACUGACCGAAAAAAUCUGUCAUACAUAUAAAUCUGAAGCAACUAUGGACCCCAGAAACUGACAACAAAGUUUUUUCUGAACUCAGUUUAGUGGUCAUGAUUUCCCAGCAAGACUACAAGCUUUGUGGAUGUCUAUUAGUCAGUAAGAACCUAUUGGGAAAGGAUUGAAUAAUUUAUCAUUAACAGAAGGGAUUUUUUCAUGAAAAAUGUUCACCAUCUUGAAAUUUUAAAGAUGAAAAAUUGUAGACCUCGAUUUUUUCCUUGCCACUGCAUUUCAUGCUUCUAGUCCCUGCUCUUCUAAGAAAUGAUUAUUUAUGUGAAGUAAACAUAAUACUGUAUUUGUUUUUUGACGGACAGGAACAUCAUGAUCUUUUGCUUGCUACUUUACCUGCUAGCGCAUCUGCUCUUGAGGUAUGGCAAAGUUUUCUUAUUGCUUGUGAUGUCUUAGGUGUCAGACGUUGACUAACUUAUUUUUUAUACUGAAUAUUUUUCAGAAAUUCUUGGAUGUGCUUAGUCGCUAUGAGAUUGUUUCUGCCAUUUUCUUUUGUGCUGAUCAAGAGAGAUCCAGUCUUCUACAGCGUGAAAUGUCUGCAAAGUCGAUUGUAGCUGAAGCAACAUCUAUCUCAGAGAAGGCACAGUCCUGUUUUGAGGUACAGGCUCGUGAGUUGGCUCAAGCAAAAGGAGCAGUCAUGGAGAAAGCCCAGGAAUCAGCCAAGUGGCUGGAGCACCAUGGAAGAAUCCUUGAUGCCCUGCAAAGCGGUUCUGCUGAUGAACUUCAGUCUUUAAUGAAACUAACUGGAUCAGAGGAGGCUUUAUCUGUUACAUCAUCUGUCUCAGUGGCCGGUGUUCCACUUUCUAUUGUCCCUGAGCCAACUCAAGCUCAGUGCUAUGAUUUGGACAGAGAAGUUUCUCGGAUUGUGGCUGAGUUAAAUGGUGGGCUUCUGCUUGCAAUUGAUGUUCUCCAGGACUAUGCAAUGGCCUUGGAAAGAGUCCUCCCCUUAAACUACAUUACAACAAGUCCAGUCCACGGUUGGGCACAAGUUCUGCAGCUAUCCGUGAACAAACUUUCCCCUGAUAUGCUCUCUCUCGCUAGAAGACAGGCUACUGAUCUUAUUGCAAAGACCCAAGAUGGCAUUCCUGAGUCCUUUCAGCAAAGGCAUGGGGAACUUGUUCUUAAAGUGGAGCAAUAUGCCAAUGAAAUUGACAAGGUUAGAAAUGAGUGUUCUGAGUUGGUUAAUUCUCUAGGGUCAGAUACUGAGGGAAAAUCAAAGGAUCGCUUGUUGUGCGCAUUUACAAAGUACAUGCAGUCUGUUGGUUAUCCUAGGAAGGAAGAUGAAGGAUGGCGUGGCAGGCAUGAUGUGACAAGGGAUUCUAAGCCACAGGGUGACCUUGUAGAGAAAGCAGCAAAGGUUUUGUCCAUCCUACGAUUAGCUACAGAUGACCUAUUUAAAGGGGUGAGGAACAAAGUGUCUGACAUUUUGAGCAACUCUAGCAGAAUUGGCUGGAGAUCUGGGGAAGAAUGUUUUCAGCCCAGUUCAGAAAAAAUAUUUCGCGAGUUUGAGGAACAAAUAGAGAAGUGUGUGCUUGUGGUAGGGUUUGCCAAUGAACUUCAAGGACUGAUGGGUGUAGACUUGCCUAGUUACAUUAUACCGAUGGACGAUGUUAACUGGGCGUCUGUUUUUCAGUCUAGUAUAAAUUCCGGCAAAAGCAUGAUUGAGCAAAUGAUUAAAGUAGUCCUCCCGGAAGUAAUAAGGUCUGUGAUCUCGUAUAACACAGAAGUAAUGGAAGCUUUUGGUUCUCUUUCUCAAAUUCGUGGUUCUGUUGAUACUGCACUAGAACAGCUUAUUGAGGUUGAAUUAGAGAGAUCGUCCUUGAUGGAGCUUGAGGAAAAUUACUUUGUGAAGGUUGGUUUAAUCACAGAGCAGAAACUUGCUCUUGAACAGGCUUCCGUUAAGGGUCGGGAGAAUCUUUCAUGGGAAGAAGCAGAAGAAUUGGCAUCCCAAGAAGAGGCCUGUAGAGCACAAUUGGAUCAACUCCACCAAAAUUGGAACCAAAAAGACAUGCGGAGCUCUGCUCUGAAGAAGAGAGAAGCAAAUGUAAUAAAUUCAUUGGUUGCUUCUGAGCGACAGUUGUUAUCUUUGGUAAGGAUGGAGGAGGGGGAUCUUCAUAGUGGGAGAAGCAAGGCUCUACUUGCCAUGUUAGUGAAGCCCUUCUCCGAGUUGGAAUCACUUGAUCAGAUGUUCUCGUCAUAUGGUAUUCAGCCCUCCUCUUCAGCUGGGUUCUCAUUCAAUGUAAUGGAUUUCAUAAAUUCUGGUUAUUCAUUAUCAGAAUCAACCUGGAAGCUUGGUGAUCUAUUGAAAAGUCAUUCUUUCUUUGUUUGGAAAAUUUGUGUAAUGGAUUCUUUUCUUGAUUCAUGCAUACGUGACAUAUCUUCUUCAGUUGACCAUAACUUGGGUUUCGACCAGCUUUACAAUAUUAUGAAAAGAAAGCUUUCGAUGCAGCUCCAAGGACAAUUUAAUCUGUACUUGAGAGAAAGAAUAGGUCCAGCUCUUAUGCUGCGUUUAGAGAAAGAAGAUGAGAGCUUACAACAGUUGGCUGAAUUGAGUAAAGAAAUGCACCCUGAUCAUGCAAAAAGGGAUUUUCAUGCUGUGAAGAGAGUGCAGCAAAUGCUUCUGGAAUACUGUAAUGCACAUGAGAGUACCAGGGCAGCUGAAUCUGCAGUUUCUCUUAUGAAAAGGCAGGUGGCUGAGCUCACUGAAUCCCUUCAAAAGACAGUUUUAGAAAUUGUUCAGAUGGAAUGGCUUUUUGACCUGGCUCUACCAUAUCAAUAUAAAAUCAGGGAACUAUCACAAAAUAUUCUAAGCGCUGAUAAAUUAUCUCCGGCAAUACUUAACCUUAGCAGACAUAAGUUAUUAGAGAAAAUGCAGUCUUCCAUGACUUCAAUUACUACAUCAUUGGAGCACCUGAAAGCUUGUGACAGGACUUCUACUCAGACAGAGGCUCAGCUUGAGAGAGCCAUGAGUUGGGCUUGUGCUGGGCCAAGUACAGUGAACACUGGCAGUUCCUUAGUUAAAAACUCUGGAAUUCCACCUGAAUUUCAUGAUCAUCUAUUGAAGAGAAGACAGUUAUUAUGGGCAGUCCAAGAACAGGCUUCGAAGGUCAUUAGUAUUUGUACAUCUGUGAUGGCAUUUGAGGCAUCUAGGGACGGUCUUUUCAGGAUACCGGGUGAUACAUCUGCUUGGAGGACCACAGAUGACAGCAGAACGUGGCAGAAAACCUACCUGAACUCUCUAACGAGAUUAGAUGCUAUAUUUCAUACUUUUACACGUAAGGAUUCAUUUACUUAUCAUGUGUUUUCCUAUCAUGGUUAUUACAUUGACAUUUGUCUCUCAUGUUUAGGUGCUGAGCAGGAGUGGAAACAGGCACAGACUAACCUGGGAACAGCAGCAAAUAGCUUGCUUAAAGCGACCAAUGAACUGUCUAUUGCCUCUGUAAAAGCCAAGUCUGCUUCAGGUCUUAUCUCAUUUGAGGUUAGAAUUUUGUUUCAAACAAGAGAUCCACGAACGUUUAGUAUUGAUGUCUACCGUCUUACAGGUGAUCUGCAGAGUACAUUGGCAGCUUUGCGGGAUUUUGCCUACGAAGCCAGUGUGGCACUGUCUGCUUUCAGUCAUGUUUCGAAGUUUCAUAACACAUUAACAUCAGAAUGUGGAAACAUGCUCGAGGAGGUAUUGUGCUUGUUUGCUUAAGGACAUGACUAUCCAAUUUUUUUUUGCAAAUUACGCUUUUGGAGUGUGGAAUGGAGAAAUAGAGAUGCUAUAUCCUCUACAUUGUUGAGCUCAUGGUCUAACUUGCGAUUGUUAAUGGUGUUGUUUAGUCUCAAACUCGUGAUUUUUCCUUGUAUGUGUACGUGUAUUAUUCUUGUGGGUGGUCGCUUAUCUGGGAAGAGACCUUUUCUGCUGAAAGUUUUCUGACAAACAUUGCAGGGUAGCCGAAUCCCUCCGUUUUACAGUGGUUGUGGGCACUUAUGCAGUUUUAUUUUCGUUGAAAAGUUUCCUUUUCUUGCAAUCACUUUACCCUGGUGAUUUUGAACAGAGUAGCACCUUGUGGAUUGGGAACUCAUAAAAAUCUUUUUUAUUCGCUACCAAAUCAUGAAUCUACUCUAUGUCUCAGGAACAUCCGUUUUUCUUGAAAGCCACGACACCUCUUUUCUUUAUGCAAAAAAAAACUGUUAAAAUAGAGAAGAGUUGUUGCGUGAAAAAAGCCAUCGGGGAUUUGUCCAACUCACUGGAGCUUGGGUCUGCCCUGCGAAAAUAUUCUACAUAUCCUACUUACCAAGCACAUUACUUCUGUGGUUGGUGUAUGGAAAAUCCAAUUGAUCUUUUUUGUUCAAAUGGCUUGAAGAGUAGCGAAGGAGAGCAUUGUACGUGUACGGCACAUAGAAUUGGCUUGUCCUACAUCACUCGUAGAAACCACUCAUAAGCUUGAGGAUGUCACCAUGCCUGAAACUGUUGAUUACUUCGCAGUUUUGACGGAAACAAACCUGUCAUUGACGACUUUGCUUAUUUUACGUAUUAUUGUGGGAAAUGUCAAGCUACAAGUUUAGAUGGAAGAACUAGGCCAAAUAAUUGGAUUGGAGUUCAUUUCUAAUGAAAUGUGGAAGCAUAUGAAGAGUUUUGCUUUUCAUUGCGUUGAACCAUAUUGAGCUGUUUGCAUUUCGCACUCUUUGUUUGAUCCACUGUGUUUUCUUUUCUUGGAUUAUUUGUCCCGAAGGUAUUCUUAUUUGGUUAUCUAUGUUGUGCUUUGUUUUGAUGCAAUCUUUUCUUUAUUAUUAUCAUUAUUUUUAAGUUGAUCAGACUCACUUUGCCAUGAAAUCCCGGGCAGGUUUUGGCUAUUACAGAAGGCGUGCAUGAUGUUUACAGAUUGGGAAAGGAAGCAGCUGCACUCCAUACUGUCCUUAUGUCAGACCUCUCGAAGGUAGUCUUUCUUUCUAACAGCUAAGGCUUAACAACUUGUCUUUAUUCGUUGGGAAUGCAAGUUGUUACCGCGUGGAAAAUGUUAUCAGCUGACCUAUGUCUUGAUCUAUUGACAGGCCAAUGCAAUCCUUCUCCCACUCGAGGUAUCCCUAUCGACAGACGUGGCUGCCAUGUCUGAUGCUAUGUCUAGAGAGAGAGAAACAAGGCCAGACAUUUCUCCUAUGCAUGGACAAGCACUGUACAAAUUUUACUGUUUCACUCUCAGAGAAUCUUGCCAAUUGUUGAAAUCCUUGGUACCAUCCAUCACAUAUUCCGUGAAGGAACUCCAUACCAUGGUGACAAGACUUGCGAGGACUGCAAGUCUCCAUGCCGGAAAUCUUCACAAGGUGAACUCUUUUCUGUAGUUUAUCGCUUUAUCAUAGACCAAGAAUAUUCUUUGUGCUUUAUGAUCCAACUUAGUGUAUCCACAUUUUUUUUACGCGCAUGGAUAUGAUUCUUUUCUUUGGGCCUUCUGCCAACCAGUUAGAUGUAAGAUUCAAGGUCCGAAAAUCAGUGCUGAAUGAGAAGAAAAUAUAUAAAAAAACUCAACUUUGUGCUUGAGCUCUGUGAUGGUAAUGUCAUCUUCCUGCUGGGGCGCUUUGGGUAGUGCCAUUUUUCCUCCCAUGGAAUGGUUUCAAGAUUGAAGUUAACUCUUUGACCUGUGCACUUUCAGGCACUUGAGGGCCUUGGAGAGAGCCAGAUGGCAAGAUCCCAAGAAUUUUCCUUGUCAUCUGAAGAACUUAAGAAUGCCCUCUUUGACGGUGAGGAUAAAGAUUUAAUCUCAGGUGGAGAUGGUAGGAAUCUUGAGGUCUUUGGAGGUGCCGAUGGAUCUACCUUCCAGGAUGAUGCAUGGAUUUCACCUCCAGAUAGCAUAUAUAGUAGCAGUUCGUUUUCAGUUCUUACCUCCAGCCAAGUGAGUCUCUCUGAGAAUGCCGACAGGGUGGAACAGUUAUCUGCCCCCAGUUCAGAAGAGCCCACCAUAGACAGUCCUCGUUGCUCUGUUACUGAAAGUGUGAACAGCAGAAACUCAGAACCGCCGCCAGCCCCUGCGCCUGUCGAACCAAGUGAGAGUAUGCAAGCGUUGUGCUUGUCAGAUAUGGAUGAGCCCACGCGGGUUGACCAGCCAUAUUCUUCGGAGAAGGAAACACCUAAUGAAGCAGUGCCAGUACGCGGCGAAAAUGAAACCUUGAAUCCGAUGAAGGGACGUGAUGGGGGGGGUCUCAGCUACUCACCUGGAAGCCGAGUCGUUCGGGGUAAGGACUCGUUCUUCUUCUUCUCUUCUAGUAGUGCUCAGAUUUCGUGUUUUGGCUGACAUUGCUGGAUGAUGUGUUGACUUAACACAUUCUAAAAUGGGUCAUUGACCAAGGAAUGAGUUAGCCUGCUCCAACAUGCUGAAACCCACUCUGAUGAUUGAAGGAUCCCGGUCCACAUCCGUUUGACUUGCAGACGGUGUUCCUGCAGCUCGAGCGUUUAAGUAGUGUCCCUACCCGUUGACCUUCGGAGCCGGAUGAUUAGUCAAUAACCUCACAUUUUUCUUUUCCCUUCUGUUCCUCCUCAUCGGGUUUUUCUCUCUCUAAGCGGACGACCGUCCAGCAUGUUUCUGAACAAUUUCUCAACCCAAAUCCAUGUGGAAGUUGGCUUUCAACCCAGAUGGCUUUUGGAACCAGCGGUACAAAAAGUCAACAUCUCCACUUUUCCCUCUUUUGUCUCAACAAUUUCUCACCUGGGUCGCUCUCAUCUUUCCAAUUCGACCUCUUGGCGUGCCCAGUCAAAACAGCGGAGUCAAUGCUCGUGACACUUUUCAGUACGAUAAUUCGCCCGGAGAAUUGUGAAGAAAAAUACUAUUUAUGUUGUAUUCGAUCUGUUUUGGUCUCCGCAGGCAAGAAUCCCUAUGCAGUCUCGGUCCUGAGGCAGGUAGAGAGCAAGUUGGACGGCAAGGAGAUUGACGAGAAGAGGUUUGUCUGGUUGACUUGUCUGGUUCGACUGUGAUUUGUUCUUCUCGUGGAUCAUCCGGGCUGAAGUGGGGUUCUCGAUGAUGAUAAUUGUGCAGGGCCAUGAGCAUCGCGGAGCAGGUGGAUCAUCUCCUGAAGCAGGCUACGAGUGUGGAUAAUCUGUGUAACAUGUAUGAAGGAUGGACGCCCUGGAUAUGA